CUUUUAUUUUGCUUUCGCUGUUUGCAUUUAAUAAUCAAAAGCGAAAAAAAAAUAUUACUAUAGUAAAAUGUCAGAAAUUUUUAAUUGUUCGCUUGACUAUUAUAUUACUGAAGAAGGUGCAGUGCCUUUGCUUCCUUUCGCUACACACGUGUCACUACAAAUUAUUGAUACUUUACCAUGGAAUACCAUAAUUUUACAACCAGAAUCUAAUUCACAAGAAGAUACUUUUCAACUAAUACAACCAAUAUUCUUUCAAUCACACAUACAAGAAACCUCGUGUCCUGAACAACAACAAAUACAAAUGAGUGAGCCCACAGAAUGUGAUAAUAAAGAGAAUGUCACAGAGCAAGAAAAGAAGAUUAGGAUAUUAGAGUUUACUUGUACAUAUUGCAAUAAACUAUAUCGAGGAAAGAAUGCGAGGUCUAUAUUACGGCGGCAUCUCAAAACCAAACAUAAUAUUAAUCCACCUCGAGGUACAAGAUGGGAUAAUGAUCCUAAUAGGCCGAAAACUGACGAAGAAAGGCGUUUGAGAGUGUUAGAAUCAAAGAAAAGGUGGGCUCAAAAAUCACGAACAAAGAAAAACCUUGAGAAAGCAUCAUCACCCUAUAUAAAACAAGAAAGUAUUGAUGAGAUUCCCAAUAAUGACAAUUCAGAUUCAGAUUUGGUAAUUAAUUCAGAUUUAGGAAACUCGCGGCAAGUGGAUAAUGAACCGGAUUUAAUUUGUUCGGAAUAUAUAAAGCAAGAGCGUAUUGAUGAUUAUGAGAUUCCAAAUCAAGUCAAUAUUGUUGAAGGGGUCCCAAAUCAAGUCGAUAUAAAUUCGGAGAAUCAAAUCGAUAUGAACUUACUCUAUGAUGCUGGUUCCAUCAAAUCAACUUUACUGUGGCUAGGAGUCUCUGCUGAAUCGGAUUCUGGUCGUAUGGGUUAUUCUGAUGGGAGAUAUAAUCAAGAACAAAAUAAUUUUUUAAUAAAAGAAGAAUGUGAAUGAAUUUGUUAGCCGUUCAUAUUCCAAUGAUAUCUUUGAAAUUGUGUUGGAAUUUAUUUUGUAUUUGAUUAAAUAAAAAAAUGUAAAAGGGAUUUGUUGAUUUAAUAAAAAAAAAUAUAUU